GUUCGUCCGGCUGUAUAAAAGCAGAGGAUCUUCUUGGUGUCUCAUCAGUCGCAAAACAACGACGAACCAACUCCACUAGCCAGCAGCACCAUGUACGCCAAGCUCUUUAUCGUGCUCGCCUUCGCGGCGGUGGUAUUCGCGGAGGAGGCCGCGAAACCGGCGACAGAGACGAAGAAGGACAAGCGAGGAGUCUACGGGCUCGGCUACGGGCUGGACUCUGGUCUAGGAUACUCCGGCUACUCCGGAUACUCCGGCUACUCCGGCUACUCCGGAUACCCGGCAGUCGGCAUCAGCCACGGUGUCUCGACCGUGUUGACCAAGGAAGUGCCGGUUGCUGUGCCCCAUCCCGUCCCCGUCGCCGUCGAGAAACACGUGCCGGUCGCGGUUAAGGUGCCAGUCGCAGUCCCAGUCGACCGUCCGUACCCCGUGCACGUCCCUAAGCCCUACCCAGUGGAAGUGACCAAGCACGUACCGGUCCCCGUAGACAGGCCUGUCCCCUACCCAGUCAGCGUGCCAGUCAAGGUUCCAGUGCCAGCCCCGUACGCCGUGAAGGUGCCCCAGCCCGUCGCCGUCCCGUACGUGAAGCACGUUCCAGUCCCAGUCGCGCAGCCGGUCGUCGUUGAGAAACAAUACGGCUGGCCGUCCAGCUACUCUUCAUGGUAAACGACGACUUAAUUCGCGGAUUCUCACGGGGAGCCAAUCUCCGAGGAGCGGCGGCGGCGGCAAUCUCCGAGCAGCGCAUCAACGGCGAAGACGGGCACAGAUCGUCAAGACCACCGACAGAGAAAGUUCCUCCUGAGAGCGCGCGCGCGCGGUCCUGGCUCGAGGGCGAGCGGCCUUCGAGGACGAUCUGACACGGACCGUUCCCGAAGGCAACGCACCGCCGCGGAUCGCGUCACCCUUCACUCGCGCGCUCACCUUCGCCCGUCCUGUUUCUCUCUUUUACCUCGUUUUCGGUCGGUCAGUCGUUCCGACGAGCAACGCCACGAAGAUUGGCUCCCCCGAGCGACGGGGCGAGAAAGGACCAGCCCCAACCCGGUUCUCGGUGGCCUCGACACCGGGACCUCCUCGAGAGCCGGACCAAUUGGAUCGAGCGUUUCGCUACUGUGACAUUAGUCGUAAUUCUUUUUUUACCGGCGUAAUUGUUUAAUAUUUUCUUUUGUACGUAACUCGACGUAACGCGCGUCUUGCUUCACUGAAAUAAAGAUAUCCUCCUUUUUUUUCGUA